ACAGACAUGGCUGAUUUAUCCUGGAUUGAGAACUUCGCAAACUCUUGUCGCUCUAUUGGUAGAAAAAUUGCAAAACGCUACAGAAAAAAACAACACUGGAGCCCUGAUUAUGCAAAGAAGAGAACUGUCGGAGACCUUCUUUGGAAGGUGAUUGAGAAGGUUGCAGACAUGCCAACACUGCAUCAUAUCAGAGAAACCUUUGAGGUGGCCCACAUUCAGCUUCUACGCCAAAUUAUGAAAGAAACUGGGAAACUAGAGCUGUCCCUUUUGAUGGAAAUGUCAGACGAGCUAAGCGAACGGAUCUUCCAAAGCAUCGCCAGAGAUUCUUUCCACAUUGCUAGCGAGUUGCAUUUGUUCACGAUACUUUUCUACCCAGAAGCAUAUCCAAGGAUUGUGAAAGAAUUCAAGUAUCACCUAGAGAAUCCCAUUCUUCCAGAGCCUACAAAAACUGAGAGAUUUCUCUCAUCUGUAAGGACAGUGCUCACAAAUGCUUUGUUUGACACUGAGAGCUUGUAUUCAGAUGAAAACUGCCUUGGCGAGACUCGAAGCAUUGCUGCUAGAAGAAGAAAAUCAUUGAUAGGGUACAUAGAACUAAUCAAGCAUGGAACAGAAAAGGAACGUCGAAAAAUGGUCAAUAUAGUUGUUUGGAAAUUGAUUUGUAAGGCCAGUUAUAGAUCUGCCACCCCGUACAAACUUAGACACACUGUACCAGUUUACCAACGGCUUUCUGUCGUCGUGUGGGAAGAACUACAGGACCUAGAUUUUCUCAUUUUCUACAAGAUGGAGAAAAAACUCAGCAAAGACAUCUUCCAACUUCUAACUGGAAACGAGGAUAUAUGCGGUGUAACAGGCGGUCCACAGAGCGAGCGGCGUACCGGCGAGCUGCAUGUGUAA